UAUGUUUACAAGUAUGGCUUAAAUCUUGAUUAUCUUAUCGUAUCUUAUUGAAAUCUCACAUUGAUUUUUCUAUAGUAUACAUAGGUAUAUGUAUUAAGACCAUAAAAAGUAUGUGGUGACUGUCUAAUUUUCAAUAUGAUGAAAUUACCCAUAGUUUUAUUGAUAGUAACAAUAGUGUCGUCUUUAAAAGGACUUAACACAGAUGAUAAUGAUGAUUUUCCAGGAUACAAUUAUAUGAAUCUAAGUUCAGACCCAUGUGAAGACUUUUUUGAAUACACCUGCGGAAAUUUUAAAAAAUUAUAUCCACUAAGUGAAGGAGUAUUAACCAUCGACCAAUUUACACUUUUAGAUGAAAAACUCACAGAAACUGUAAGAUUAAUCCUCUCAGAGAAUGAACGUGACGAGGAUCCAGUAGCUUUGAGAAAAGCAAAAGCUGCUUACAGCGCAUGUAUAGAUGAAGACUAUCUAGCGAAAAGGAAAAAUCCUGAAACAAUAAUUGUAGUCAACGAACAAGGGUUUCCGUUAACGCAGCUACCAUGUCAACAACAAGCCACAAACUACAGUUUUCUAGAUAUUGCUGAUGCUGUAAGCAAGUAUGGUAUCCCGAUGCUGUUUAACGUGAUAACUACAUCAAAUCCAGGAAACGCUUCCAGUAAUAUACUCUUUAUAUCUAAGGUAGAUAGUUUGACCGCUGCACAAAUUCGACACAACCAUGGUACGUCAUACGAAAAUAUAAUUGAAGAAGGUUUUGUAACAACAGAUGGAUCUGAUAGAAAAAGUUCACAGAGUUUAAAACCAUUUGACAUUUUCCUGAGGCAAAUGUCUUUAAAAUUGAGGAAUGCCACUGAAAGUUUUCUAACUGAUACCGAGGUUUUUACUAACUUGGACGAUGUCGUCCAGUUUACAAGAGCUGUGUUUAGCGUCGCUAACGUGGAUUAUAGUAACGCUGCAAUAUUGCCUAUAUUGGGAGAUGACGUAUAUACAGUAACUCUUGAGGAUAUAAAUACUUGGACUGAAAAACAAUUUAAUGAUACUGUUAAACUAAAUUGGAUUGAAUUCUUCCAACAUUACUUUGCAAACGCUGGUAUAGACAUAACAGCAGACACCAGGCUGCUGAAUUAUUCAGGGUUGGACAAAAUUUUAUACGGAAUAUUGAACCUGGUGAAAUCAACUCAAGAUCAUGUGGUUAAAAGUUAUGUAAUGAUGCGAAUCUUUACACAUUUGGCACUUGACGGUGAUGCACAUUCAAGAAAACUCAUGGAGGAUUAUUUCGCUGGAAUAAAUGUUCAAAUUUACCCUAGAAAAGAAUACUGUGCAAGAAAAAUAAUGGACUCUACGGGAACAGCAGGUUUGGCUUUUGCAGUAGCAUAUGGAUAUCAACUAAAUCAUUUUAAUGUUAAUAAUUAUCAAGAGGUGAUCCAGUUGAUAGAAGACCUAACAGAUUCAUUUAGAGAAUUAAUACAAAAUACUACCUGGAUGGAUACACAAUCAAAGGAAGAUGCUGUUGCUAAAUUACAACGCAUGAUAAUGAUAUUGGGACAUCCAGACAUUUCUUACGACAAGGAGAACUUGGAUAAAUUUUACGAGAAUCUGAAAAUCUGCAAAUGGAAUCAUUACGGGAAUUCAAUAAGAAUAAAAGCUUUUAAAAACGCUUAUCAAAUAUCACAAAUAUCUAAAAGGGAAAGAGAUUUUUGGGAUAAAUCACCAUUUGAAGUAAAUGCUUAUUAUAAUAAAGCCAAUAACAAAAUGAUUUUUCCCAUAGCUAUGCUGAAUCCACUGUUUUUUGGUAGCGGUAGCAGUAUAUUAGAUUAUGGAAGAAUUGGAAGUAUAAUAGGCCAUGAAAUGACUCAUGGGUUUGAUAAUGAUGGUAGAACAUAUGCUGCAGAUGGUACUAUGCAUCCGUGGUGGACUAACGAAACCAAAACAGAAUUCGCUAAUAAAGCAAACUGUUUUAUAGAUGAAUACAACAAAUUUUAUGUACCUGAGAUCCAACAAUAUGUUAAUGGAACGGCUACUUUAAAUGAAAAUAUAGCAGACAAUGGUGGAGCAAGGGAAGCAUAUCGAGCACUGAAAAAAAUGAUGCUGAGAAAAAAUAUUACUAAAGGAAUAAAUGAUUUUACUCCGGAACAAGAAUUUUUCAUUGGAUUUGGGACACUAUGGUGUAACAAUCCCUCCAUUAGCUAUCUCCAACAAAUGUCCACUAACGAACACGCUCAUUCGAAAUAUAGAGUAAAUGGAGUAGUUUCAAAUAUGGAGGAAUUUGCUGAAGCCUUCAACUGCCCUGUUGGCAGCAAGAUGAAUCCUUCCAAUAAAUGCAGAAUCUGGUAAAGGUUCAACAAAUGUAAGUCUUAAUUACUAAAAUAAUAAGUAAAUCCAUGUGUUGCACGUAAUGUAAAUAAAAAAUGUACAGAGCGUCUUAAAGUUUUGGUCUAAAAAAUUGUGAAAAUAUGAUUGAUAAAAUAAAAAUUUUGCAAAAUGUGUUAA